GAGAGGACACGGGGUUUCCGGGAGCGGUCAGAUGUGUGCAUUAUGGCCACAUCCUCGCACGCUCUUUCCUCACGCCUCCUGACAGGUAUUGAAGCCGUCCCGGGUUGGGUAGGAGGAUGUGUCUGGUACCAGGAAAGAAGAGCCGUGCAGGAAUCUCCUCACAAGUUUAUGCGCCUUUUCAGGAACGUCCAUAAGCAGUGGAUUACAUUUCAGCACUUUAACUUCCUCAAGCGCAUGUAUGUCACACAACUGAACAGAAGCCUCAGCCAGCAAGUGAAACCAAAGUCAGAACCAAUGGCAUCUUCUUUCCUUGAAAAAACAUCUUCGGGUCCAGCCAAAGCAGAAAUAUAUGCGACGAGAUCUCUUUCACCACCCAGCCUGUCGUUGUCCCAGAGGCCAAGUAAAGAGGAAUCGCUAGAACUAGACUCCGCCUCAAUAACUGAAGGUUCAGUAGAAAUGGGAAAAAAAGAGGCAAAAGAGGAAAACCAGUGGAAAGAGAUGAAGCUGCAUCUGGGUAAUUUGCCAGGGAUCUUGGCUCGGCUGUCUAAAAUCAAGCUCACAGCUCUGGUUGUAAGUACCACGUCAGCUGGAUUUGCAUUGGCUCCAGGACCUUUCGACUUGCCCUGCUUCCUACUCACUGUUGCCGGAACUGGCCUCGCGUCCUGUGCGGCCAACUCCAUCAACCAGUUUUUUGAGGUGCCAUUUGAUUCCAACAUGAAUAGGACAAAGAACAGACCUCUGGUUCGUGGGCAGAUCAGUCCGUUGCUUGCUGUGUCCUUUGCCACUUGCUGCGCUGUUCCAGGAGUGGCCCUGCUGGCCUGUGGGGUGAAUCCACUCACGGGGGCCCUGGGGGCCUUCAACAUUUUCCUGUAUGCUUGCUGUUAUACACCACUGAAGAGGGUCAGCAUUGCCAACACGUGGGUCGGAGCCGUGGUUGGGGCCAUCCCGCCCGUUAUGGGCUGGACGGCAGCCACUGGCAGCCUCAACGCUGGCGCAUUUCUUUUGGGAGGAAUCCUCUACUCCUGGCAGUUCCCCCACUUCAACGCGCUGAGCUGGGGCCUCCGCGAAGACUACUCCCGGGGAGGCUACUGCAUGAUGGCCGUCACGCACCCGGCCCUGUGCAGGCGCGUGGCCCUGCGCCACUGCCUGGCCCUCGUCGGACUCUCGGCGGCGGCCCCCGUCCUGGACGUCACCACGUGGGCCUUCCCGGUCGUCUCCCUCCCCAUCAACCUGUACAUCUGCUACCUCGGCUUCCGCUUCUACACCCAGGCCGACCGCCGGAGCUCCCGGAGGCUCUUCUUCUGCAGCCUCUGGCACCUGCCGCUGCUGCUGCUGCUCAUGCUCACCUGUAAGCAGCGGGGCGGGGAGGGCGGCCGGGGAGAGCCCCGGGAGUGAGCCGGAGCCGGACCGGCCUGUGGGAGAAGAGGGGAAACACAGGGGCAGGGGCGGCUGCUUCCCUGGCUGCUGGGCAGGACUCUGCGGGAAGAGGACCCCCAGUUUAGUAAAAGAAGAUCGUAAAAUAACUGGGUGCUCAGCGAUCACUUAACGGUUUGUUUUUUAAGUAAUAAUCUCCAAAAUGCCCCCCAGAUAAGGGAGUUGGUUGGCUCAAUAGGUUAAAACAAAGAAAGGAUACUUAUUUCCUUUCGAGCCUUUUACAUCUCUCUUCCUCCAGCCACUCCACCCCACACGCCCACCACAGGCCAGGCCCUGGGCACACAGGUGGCCAGACGGGGACGCUUGUGACCUGGUAUCUCUAGUUCUGUGUCCUCACGUCCCACAUGUCCCCGAAGUUGGAGGAAGUGCCCACUGCCGGCGCAGCACCCCUUUCCUGGAGAAUGAGCUGGGGACCGGCUCCCGGCUUGCUCAUUCCACACAGACUUGCAGCCACAUAGUCCCCAAACGGUCACGACAAACCAGGCACGCAGGCACAGCACUGGAGGGGAAGUCCAAAUGCCUGGCCCGUGGCAUCUCAGCGUUUCACAAACUCAGGGCAAUCAGUGGCCUUGUUGGGGUUCAUUUUAAAGCACAGCCAAUGUCUGCAGCGUUUCUUUCCAGGAAGGUGGCUCAAGGCUUAAUACCAGAAACCCCUCUGGCUGAUCCCAUUACUCAGCACUUCGGUUACUCCUGUGGCCCUUGGUGGUGCAGUUAAGAGCUCGGCUAUCAACCAAAAGGCUAGCAGUUCAGAUCCACCAGCCACUCCUUGGAAACUCUCUGGGGCAGUUUACUCUGUUCUGUAGGGUGGCUAUGAGUCAGAAUCAACCCGAUGGUAAUGGGUAGCUCCUCAGUUCCUCUUUGCUGCACCACCUUGGUGCGAGCUGAGCUAGCCAGCCUGCAUAGCUCACAUUCUUGCCUCAUUAAUGAAAAGCACGUUUCCAUCCUGCUGUCUCCUGAAUUCAGAAGUAAGCCUCCAAGUUCAGAUGGCCCUCACAGACAGAACUGUCAGUUCGGCUCUCCCAAGGGGAUAGUUUCCGUCCUGGUAGUUUCGUAAGUUGUAUGUAGUCAUGUGUGACCUUGGGGUUGGGCCCAGACACAGCUGGUCACCUACAGUUUCCUCAGUCUUUCGUGGUGUCCACAGUCGGCUGUCGAGUCCCUCUUGCCUGAAGGCCUUGAAAUUUGGCAGAAUGUUUUAAUUAUUCAGUCUCCAGUGGCACAGCUGCUCUGUAGGAAUUUCUUCUGGGGGUUUGAGCAACAUUUAAACAAUCACUGCAAUAUGCCUGUUUUCUGAAAAUAUUCUGAAGUGAUUGCAGAUAGCAUCUGAUCCCUGUUUCUACUUACCCGAAAUAGUACCCCCCUUGGCCGUGUCCGGGUUAUUUACUGUGGGGAACAUGGCAUAGGAAUGUCUGGAAAGAAAAUCUACAACUUGUUUCAGCCCUCAAAUUUGUAAAAUGCAUUGAUUUUCUUUUCCUGCUGCAAUAAAAUAGUAUAUAUGAACAGCA